AGAGCUCUUCUUUUCAAAACAUGGACCGAUCAAUAGUUCUUUCUCUAGCACUAGCCUCACUCUUGGUCGGAGUCGUCUCAGCUCGUGACUGGAACAUAUUGAACCAGCUCAAAGGUCUCGGUUCAUCAUCAUCAAGCCAAAACGGUAUCGUCUCUUCUGGACUCUCCACGAACCUGAAACGGUACUGCGAAAGCUGGAGGAUCAACGUGGAAGUAUACAACAUCAGAAACUUCGAUGUGGUGCCUCAGGAGUGCGUGUCGUACGUCAAGAAGUAUAUGACGUCUCCUCAGUACGAGGAUGACGUGGAGAGAGCCGUCGAUGAGGCCAUCCUUUAUUUCGGGAGCAUGUGUUGUAGCAAGAGUAAGUGUGAUGGCAUGGACGCUUGGAUCUUUGACAUCGAUGACACGCUUCUCUCUACCAUUCCUUACCACAUGAACAAUGGCUUCUUUGGAGGAGAGAAGUUGAACUCUACCAAAUUCGAGGAUUGGAUAAGGAAAAGGAAAGCACCACCAGUGCCACACAUGGUGAAAUUGUACCAUGACAUUAGAGAAAGAGGCAUCAAGAUCUUCCUGGUCUCUUCACGUAGAGAAUAUCUCAGAUCUGCCACCGUUGACAACCUUAUCCAGGCCGGUUAUUAUGGCUGGUCCAACCUCAUCCUCAGGGGUUUAGAAGAUGAGCAUAAGGAGGUUAAACAAUACAUGUCAGAGAAGAGAACAUGGCUCAUGAGUCUUGGUUACAGAGUAUGGGGAGUGAUGGGAAGCCAAUGGAGCAGCUUCGCAGGUUGUCCUCUUCCCAAGAGAACCUUCAAGCUCCCAAACUCCAUCUACUACGUGGCCUGAUCAUUACACUGCAAAGCUUUGAUUUAAGCUUUUUGGAACAAGAAGAACCCAUAAAUAAGAAAGAACGGUUUUGAUUGUGAUUCUUAUUUUUGUUUUUCCCUUUCAUGUCAUCUUUUUUUUUUUUUU